GCCUUCGUAUAGAGUGAAUGCUUAGAUAAAUAUCUCUCAUACUUGGAUAUAUACAUAUAUAAACAUAUACGCCCAGUUCUUCACUUCUUUAUUGAUCGAAAUUGUCAGAAAAAACUCUAGCUUUACAUUCGUGUAUUAUAUUCCGUUGCAGGCUUUUUUAUUAUUAAAAAAUUGUGGAUUUAUAUGUAAUGGAAAUCGAUGUUUGAGUAAGCUUUGACAGUAAAAACAGUAUUUAAAGAGGCCUUUUUAUUACUUCUAUUGAUUUACGAGUGGUGGUGUCCGUCUCAAGCAGGAAUUUUAGUGGUAAACAUGAGUACUUCAAGCAGAGUACAUCUUACGUAGGGGAGAAUGGCUUCAGAGUACAGGAAAGUGACCUCAGGAUACACUAGGAAAUAUGGUGCAAGUGCAGAGGCCACGCCAUGGUUGGCACGUGGCACCAGAAUGAUGCCAUUGGCACCAGAGUGAUGCUAGUGGCACUGUAGUGACAAGUGGGCCACCCAGAACACACUGAACCAUGCGUGUGGUGCAGUAAGUACUGCUGUGCUGCCACUUCCCCUCUGCCAGUUUAGCAGGCAACUAAGUGAAUUCUCGCAUACUUGUUCGUUACGUUAUUAUCCAUAGAACAUAAGGAUACCGUUAAUAGAGCUUUAAAGCUGCAUACUACAGUAAUAGGUAACGUAAACGUCACUGCCAACAGAGCUCUGAGGUUACCUUUACAGAAACGUCACCGUUAACCGAAAAAAAGGAUCACAUCAAAAGAACAUCACCGUUAACCGAACAGUUCACCAUUAAUAGAAACGUCACGGUUAACCGAACAACAGGUCACCGUCAACAGCAACAGGUCGCCAUCAACAGAAGAAAACCUGCCAUGACCCAGGAUGCGUUGGCGGAAGACUCAAGGUUUCGACUUAACGGAAGACGGGCGUGAUGCGUCAGGACGAGUGAAUGUGAGGGGGGACGAAUUACCUCUAGUAUCGUCACCACCCCAUUUAUCGUCCCCCACCCAGGCCUCCUCGUCCCCCUCCUCAUCUUCGUCACUCUCUUCCACGCCUCUUACCUCCCUCCCCUCCUCAUCGCUCCAUGAAGAUACCCCCGCCUCCUCCACCAGCACCCCUGGAAGGGAGGUUCCAGGGGCAACUUCGGUCUGCAGCCUCCACGAUGUUCCUCAAGCAUCAUCGUCCACUCCCAGGAAGGAGGUACCCUGGGCGAGGAGUGCUGCGGUGCCAGGAACUCGAGCCAGGAAGGUCCAGAGCUUUACUUCCUUCUCGUCACCAGCCAAGUCUCCCUCCAGGACGGAGUUGGAGGCUUCCAGCACAGGUUCCAGCCCAGCCAGGCGUGUGUCAGCUGCACCAGUGUUGGAUAGCGUCGAGGGCAGCAGUGUAGAGGCAGCUACAACCACGGUGCGUGUAGCAUCUGCACCGCAGUCUAGUGCUACCAGUCCACACCACCCAGGUGCUGGAGGCUCUCACUCUUCGUCCACCAGUCCUCACAAAAUGCACGUCAGUACUCACCAAAUGCUGGUAGGUAUGCACAUGCCAGUCACUCCACAGAAGACUGUACCAAUCAGUCCACAGAAAGUGCCAAUCAGUCCUCAAAAGAUACCAGUCAGUCCUCAGAAGCCUGCACCAGUCAUUCCGCAGAUAUCUGUACCAAUUACUCCUUACAAGUCUGCACCAGUUAGUCCGCAGAAAAUUGUACCAGUCAGUCCACAGAAGAAUGUACCAGUCAGUUCACAGAAGAGUGUACCAGUCAGUCCACAGAAGAGUGUACCAGUCAGUCCACAGAAGAGUGUACCAAUCAGUCAACAGAAACUACCCAUUAGCCUACAAAAUUUACGGAACAUUGAGCAGACCUUAGUUACACACCUACAGAGGGAGCCAGUCACCAGUCCUCAGAGAGCGGCGCCAUGUCUACAAAGACCAGAGACCAGCCCUCACAGACCGGCGGUGAGUCCCUCUACCACGCCCUCCAGGUAUUGGAGGCCAGCGUCGGAAACCUCGGCCGAGGAGGCCACUCCACCUGUUCCAGAUCGCCGCAGUGGAGGCGUGUUGGUGGUGGUGAACGGAGGUUUUCCCGGUGACUCGAGUCCCCGCCACUUGCAGGAAGGUAACAUUAGAUCACCGAGUCACCCAAAGGUCAUCACCACAAUCCCCAUCGGUGACGUACCCUCCCACAUCGAGCAGGAGAGCCGGGAGGAGCAAAAGCAGGCGGACAGAAAGACAACUAACGCGGCUCCCAGAAAAUCCAGUUCGAAGCCUACCGCCAACGGGGAAGCCAAGAAGACCACCCACGAGAAGAACAAGUCAGUUACCAUCGUUGUGAAUGACCAGCAGGUUACUUACUCCAACACUCCACACACCUACACCACCAAUACCGACCUCCAGCAACACCAAGCCAAUGGUAUCACCAACGGUGACCUGAACCAUCUGCCCCCAGCCAGUGGUGAAGGUGUAGUGGUGAACGGUCACGCUGUAGCCAAGAGUGACGCUGAUACCAGGCCUUCCUCAGCUGCCUCCCUGCCAACCAGAGGUGACCCAGACAUACAGGUGCGGCCACUGGUGGGUUGGUGGACAGAGCCAUCAUACAGUGGAGCCUCCGUAGUGGAAGACACCGCCUCCUCUGAUGAGUGUCAUCGCUCAACACUCACCCUGGUCCACUCACCAGCCCGUACUUACCUGAGUGGUGAGGCUGGAGACACAGUGGGUGGUGAGGACUCUGGUGAGGCGUGGAGCAGCGUUGUGUCAGGUGUGUGCGGCGUGGUUCUCAUCAUUGGUGCAGCCUCCAUUCUACGAUUACCACGCCUGCUAUAUGAAUAUGGAGCAGGAAGCUUUCUGGCAGCAUGGUGUGCAGUCCUGUUUGUGAUAGCAGCUCCCAUAGCUUACCUGGAGGCUUGUCUUUCACAGUUCAGCAGCUCAGCAGCCCUUGCAGUCUGGCGACUAAUUCCCAUAGCAAGAGGUGUUGGAUGGUCGACAGUUGUGGUGUGUUUCUACUGGGCCGUGGUAGUGUUGGGUUAUGUGGCUCCCAUAAUCCAUUACAUAUUGCUAUGGAUUAACCCAGCACUACUACAGAAGAUGGUGUCACCUGUGUGUAGCAACACUAUCAGCAACUACACUAAUGCCGGAGACUGGGCACUUGACUAUCACAGAGCUACGUGUGGGGCUCGCACUCUAGCAGGCAUCACUGGAUUCACAGCAAUAUUAGCAGUCAUAGGGUUGAGUUUGCAACUUGGCAUUGGCCUAACAGAGAUGUAUAGAAGAGAUAUUGCAAGCUUGUGGGAGCUGGCCCACCCCUUCCUCAUCCCUCAAGGCAACACACUGCUGCAGCCACGGGUUUGGUGUGCUGCUCUGGCUCAUGUACUGCUCUCACUUGGCCUUGGUGUUGGCCUCCUCAUGAACUUCUCCUCCAGGGGAUCCUUCAGGUUCACACUCAGACGACAUUUGUGGGGGUUAUUGGUGUUGGUUGUAGUUAUGACAGCAUUAGUGACUAUGGUGAGUGUGUUGCAGCUCACACUACUGGCCAGUGAUAGAGGACUCAGUGUGCACCAAGCACUUUCUUCUCUCAGGUACAAGUAUAACAACGCAACUGUUGCUGGGGACAAUUUUGUGGAGAUAAUUGAUGAGAGAGCUGUUGGUGUUAGUGUUGGAGCUGCAGUCAUCACAGCUUCACAUUUAAUGGCUGUGGUCACCUUUCCCUUUGUUUGGCUGAAACAAGCAGUGUCUACUAUAAUUUUCAUUGGUCUUUGGUGCAGUGGGGUGACUACUGGUACUGUGUGUGUCCACACAUUAAUAGCAGCAUUGAGAGAUGCACGUGAUUGUCUCCCCCGAGCCACGGCAGCACUAAUACUGGCACCACUACUGUUGACUGCUGCAACGCCUUCAGUUACCAAGGGUGGAGCCGCAGUUGUGGCCUUGCUGGAUGGAGAUGUAUUGACACCGGUGGUGUUGUGGCCACCUUUUACACUUACUCUUGCCAUUACUGCCAUUUAUGGGAUACAUAAAGUUCGCAAGGACUUCACUUUCAUGUUGGAAGCAACGGUCAGCUUGCUGUGGAUUCCAGUCUGGGGUGUCUUUAUUCCUCUCUCUCUUCUGGGUGUUGUGGUAUGGGCUUGUGUGAUGGAUGGACAAGCAGUUGCAGUGACAGAUGGACCAGGAUGGAGAACAGCCUUGGUGUGGGCACUACGAGCUUUGGUUUUAUUGCCUGUUCCCAUAACUGCUAUAUAUGUGGUUAAAUCCCAACUGGCAUAUGGCAUCAUUGAUAAAGUGGCAUCAUCACUGCAGUCAUCUCGAGAGUGGGGUGACUGGGGCCCCCAAGAUCCAAUAGAACACCAUAACUGGAGGAGAUGGCGAGAAGAUGAAACUAGGCCUAUUGCGUCUCUCAAACGCCGCUUUGCAAAUCGGCCACUCACAUACACUCAUUCCACCCUAAGCAGUGAAUCUUCAUCAACUCUCACAAGACUCAGGAAUAAAUACCAGAGAAAUGGCACUGCAAGCAUCCUCUGACCAAGUUAGGUCGUGGUAGGCAUCACGGCAAUUCUGAAUCUUAAUAUUAUUUGUAUACAGUAUUUGUUAUGUACUUUUCUAAUCCAGCAGCUGUUAUUCUUUGUAAGGUCCUUUAUAUUUCCUUGUGUGGGCACUGUGUAUCCCAUCACUUCCUGCUUCCUAUUAUUAUUCUACUCUUUUAGUCCAUGUUUAUUCAGUUGACCAGUUUGUGUGUCGUGUGGGGGCAAUUUUAAGUAAUUAUAUAUAUUUAUAUAUGUGUAUGUGUACCGUAUGCUCCCACGUAUUUGUCGAGAUUUUAAAACCAAAUUUUUAAGCAGAGAGUCAGGAGUCAACCUGUUCAUGGAUACUACUUUUGAAAGGUUGAAAUUCUGACACUGAGGGUCUACCACACACUAGAUUCCUACUUUUUUGGUGCAUCAAGGUAUAAACCAUACUCAGUUACUGUAUUCCACCUUAAAUAUAGAAAUAAAUUUGAUAAUGUCCAGUAGUUCAUGCUGGCCUCUUUCCUUGCUGUUUACACAACAUAGAAUGCAGGAGUGCUACAGAAGGCCUACGCUAGACAGGUCCUACUCACAUCCAACCUUUCUCACUCGUAUGUUUGUCCAACCUACUUUUAAAGUUACCCGAGGUUUUUGUUUCGGUGAUCAAAGGUGGGAAAGAUGAAGGCAGGUGCAGAGAAGGACAUUUAAGGAAACGUUUUGUCAUGAGUGGCUUCAUCAAUCCUGCUACAAAGCUAAAUUACUAUAAUCAUAAUGACACACUAAACCCACAAGGGUCAGAGUAAGCUAAAACAGGUUAAUAUAUAGUAGACAAUGCAAGUGAUCUGAAACAAAGGUGAGGUGCAGUAGGAGGUACAUAAAAUUACAGAAAAAAUAUUGGACAAAUAUACAAGUGGAGGGGGAGGUUGGAUUUCAGCAAGACCUGUCUAACAUGGGCCAGUAGCCUUACUGCAGUACUACUCUAGUCUUGUCAUAAUAGUUGGGGGUGAGUAGAACCUGCCUAGCAUGGGCCAGUAGGCCUACUGCUGCUCCACUAGUCUUAUAUCUUAUAAUAGUUUGGUGUCAGUAGGAUCUGCCUAGUUGUAUAUGUAUGGUACACAAUAUUGACAAGAUGAAGAAUUAGACAUGUGCAACUUCUGGGUGUCUUUAUUGUAGACAUUUCGCCAUCCAGUGAUUUUAUCAAUAACAAUUCAAGACAUAAUAAUUGGAAGACAGUAGAAAUAUAUACAGAAGAUGAGGUAAUCAGUUCCUCAGCCUUGGACUUGGUGAAGAGCACCGUAGUUAUGAGUCUGAAGCAAAGGCAUGAAGAUUGGUGCUUAUAUACUGGUGUCACGUGAGGGAUGUAUAGUAGACGAAGACAGUCACCGGUAGGCGGGAUUUCCCAGUGGAAGAGGACAUCUCCAUAACCAUCUAGCCUAUGCCUUUGGUAUGACCUACUUCCACAAGGAAAUCCCACCUACCAGUGCUUAUGUCUUGGUCUGCUACACGUCCCUCACAUGAUGCCAGUAUAUAAGCACCAAUCUUCAUGCCUUUGCUUCAGACUCCUCACAACUAUGGUACUCUUCACCAGCUUUAAGGCUGAGGGACUGAUUACCUCAUCUUUUGUAUAUAUUUCUACUGUCUUCCAAUUAUAUCCUUGAAUCAGGAUCUGCCUAGCACGGACCAAGUCUACUGCAGUGUUUAUUUUUUGUUACAUUUUCAUUUUUUCAUGAGUUUUGGCUAGAACAUAUUUUAAAUUUGAACCAUUUGACCCCAUUUAAAGUCCCUCAAACACUGAGGUAGAUGUUUCCAUGAGAUAUAUAAAAAUUUUUUGGAUUUUUGGGCAAAAUAUCAGAGGUUGAUCUAUAUGUGAAAUCGGGUUAUACUCUGGUAUAUACGGUAUGCAUAUUGCAUAUGCUGUGUAUUGUAGUGUUCAUUUAUAUUAGGAAAUGUGCAUUAUAUAUACAGUAAUUAAGUACCUAGGUGACUAGAAGUUUAGUAAUCUGGUCAUCUACUAAGCUUAAAAUAUUAAAAAAAAAACUUAAUUAUUGAAAGUAUUUUUUCCUGCUUGUAAACUAAAAUGUUUUUAUCAGAUUUAUUUCUCUUCUAUAAAACAAUUAUUCAUUUUGUAACAUUUUUGUGAAUAAGAUUAACAAGCCACAACCUAUUCAAGCCACCUCUCUUUCAGUGCUUGCUCUCCCAGUGACAGGUAUCAUAAUAUAGUAACAGGUAUCACAUUAUGUGGAUUAGAUUAUCCAACUGGUAAUAAUCCUUAUUGUUUGGUCUAUGCCUUGACCCCUUAAGAUCCAAGUAGUCUUGUUGUGUUAAGAAUGUCUAACACUAAGAGGUGCAGAUAUCCAGUGUGUGUAUUAGUUAAGAAUAGCUACAUUUUCUUGUCCCUCUAGUCUCAGCAAAAUUAAAUACUCUAAAACUACACUUGUAUAUUUAUGUACAUGUACAUGCAGUGUCAGGCUAACCCUGCAAUACACUAUAACAACACUCAUUAAACACAUCGCAGAAACCACUAGCUUCACUGUAUCACUUCUACAACAUGGGAUUACUGCUUACUCUCCCUGGCUACCCUUUAUAAACCCAGAACCAACCUUUCAAAGAGAAGCAGUGUCCUACACUCCUAGAAUGGUGUCAGCUUGAAUCUGCUAUAGGGGGUCACAACCCACACCUCAUCAAAACAAUUGUCUUGUACAUUAUGAAAUCACUAUUUACCACCCAGUGACAAUAUUUAGUAGACAAUAAUAUUCAUGGAAUCACACUGCAUUAAAUAACAGUUUGGUCAUGGUAGGUGUUGAAUGAUAAUUUAGUUAUCAAAAUGAGACUGAUCAGGUGUAAAACAACUAUUAUUUCACCACAUUCCCCCAUAACUUUAAAGAUAUGUAAAUGCUUCUUGCUCUAAACACACACAAAAAAAAAUACAAUUACAAGUGCUAGUCACAUAAAUACAGUAUAGUGUUAUAACAAGUAUUUAAUGCAGAGUGAAAUGACUGGUGAUCUUGCUUGCCAGAUCAACAGCUGAUUACUCCAUAGUGCUCUUUUUAUAACGAAAGUAUGUCUAGCUUUUUUUCAGUUCAACUAUAUCACUAAAAUUACAAAGUAUGACAGACAGUAGAGCUGAAUAAAAGGGCACUUUUGUCAUUCAUUCCAAUUAAGUCUCUCGUGUUUUGACUAAGGCCACGGCUAUGCCAAAACAAUUAAUUACUCUGUGCUGCAUUGUACAUUAUUCACAAAUAGAACUAAACCCAGUAGGGCCAUAGAGCCUUGAUGGGUUUAACACUUUUUCUCUCUGCCAAGGCAGAGUUAAGGUGAUCUUAUGUGUUGAAAAGUAUAAUAGUUUGUAUUGAAGAGACCUAGAUCACAAUACUCUUCCACACUGUACAAGUGCAUAUGGCUUAACCCAAUAAGGUUCUCUUACACCAUCCUCACUAAUUUAAAAACUGAAGAACUAAGAUAAUGAUGGUAACAGUUUUUCUUGCCGUUUCAGAACCCCAAACGUAUUUUAGCAAAAGGUUUUAUAUGUGUUAAUUAAUACUAUAAUUAAUAAAAAUGAAACAAUUUAGAAAUGGUGUUAGAUCAUUUGGUAGAUACAUUUAAAGCUGACAGAAUAAGAACAUUAUUGAAGUACAGUGCAAUAAAACUUAAGGCAUGUCUAAUAAUGUCUUAACUUAAUUUCAAUCAAGACCAGCUGUAAUUUUGCAAGUUUAUAACAAUUUCUUAUUAACUGAACAAACAUGUUAUUUUUCAGUCUAAUGUUUACUUUUACAUAUGUAAUACUCUUAACAUGGAUGGAACAUGUUCAAUCCAUUUAUCUUUGUUUUAGUAUGGUACUAAAAAAAAAAAGGUUGUUUGAAAGUGUUAAUGUAUUAUUAUUUAGAAUUUAGCAUACAU